CAAGGCUGAUGUGCUGUCGUGUGGGAUGAUUGUGAUGUCUCAACAGUUGCAUGGGAGUUAUAUUUGGGUUCCUUUUCCUCAGGCAGAGAAAGUCAGUAACUCUUGAGUGCACAUGAAUGCUGCUGCAUGAGCCUGCUGAGACAAACCAUCCUGCAGACAUCCUGCAGACAGCAGCGGCACACUCAUCAGGUUAAUCACACAUAAUGACGCUGGAGGUUCCCAUUCAUUCUGUCACAUUUCCAGAUUUACAUUUCAUUUCAUUCGCUUCUGACGUAAAUAACCUUGGUGACUGUUGCACCACUACAGCACGGAGGAAACAACGCAUGCAUCGUGUUGACACCUGCAGAAAACAUCCCAAGUGAUGGGGUUUAGUUGUAGCUCGUCCCCGGGUCAUGUUGUUAGCUUCGUGAAGCUGCGCGGUGUCAUGAGGGCGACAGCUGCUGAAACGCGGGUAUUGCAGUGAGGGAGGACAUCAGCUGUAAGGACACCAGAGACAUUUCAGUGAGACUUAUCCAGCGUCCUGGACUUGUCCUGUGAGGAGACUAAAUGCCUUUCAUUGAGAAAAGGCUCCGGAUGUUCAAGCAGCAGAUCACUUGAUCAAGAUGGGUAAUAAACAAACUAUAUUUACUGACGAGCAGCUUGAUGCCUACCAGGACUGUACAUUUUUCACCCGCAAAGAAAUUCUGCGGUUACAUGGCAGAUACCAUGAGUUGGCUCCACAUCUUGUACCAAUGGACUACACCAAGGAGCCUGAUUGUAAACUGCCUUUAGCCUUGAUAGUCAACAUGCCAGAGUUAAAGGAAAAUCCAUUUCGAAGCAGGAUCGUCGAGUCUUUCUCAGAGGACGGGAUGGGAAAUCUCAGCUUCAAUGAAUUCGUGGACAUGUUCUCAGUCCUCAGUGAAAUGGCUCCCAGAGAACUCAAGGCCAUAUAUGCCUUCAAAAUAUAUGAUUUCAAUGUGGACAAUUACCUGUGCAAAGAGGACCUGGAAAAGACUCUGAAUAAGCUGACAAAGGAGGAGCUGACUCCUGAGGAGGUGGAGCUGGUGUGUGAGAAAGCCAUCGAGGAGGCCGAUCUGGACGGAGACAACAAACUCUCCUUUGCUGACUUUGAGAAUAUGAUAACUAGGGCACCUGACUUUUUAAGUACCUUCCAUAUACGAAUCUGAGAGGGCUAAGUGGAAGCUUUCCAAGGUCGACAGCGUGAUGAACCUCAGGACUCUACCUGAACUGUGUCCUGGUCACAGCAUGGUGCCUGUCCUCCAGUUCCAUUGUCAAAAAAAACAUCACACAUCAGUUCUCUCUGGCCUCAUUGAAGUCUGCCGAGUUAGAAAGAUAUUGGGUAAAGCUGGAUUCCCCGGACUCUGGAUUUCUCAACUGUGAUAAAAAACGAAUUUUCCUUUUAUCACUUAUUAAGGGCUUGACCUGGUUCGGUCUCUCGUUGGGAGAAAACGUCAUUCUUCCUACAAUGGCACAUCAGAUAUAAGGUUAAAGCUUGAAGUGAAUGAAAGCACAGCAUUGGCA